AUGCAGGCGACGGCCGCAUCCUUCCUCGCCCGCCCCCUCCCGUGGCCCCGUCGCAUUGGCAGGAGCGCGUAUGGGGCGGUGGCGGUGCGCGGAGGCGUCUCGCCGCUGCCGCCGCGGCUGCGGGCGGUACGGUGCUCUAUGAGCCUCUCUAUCGGCGCCGGUUCGAGCGACAUCGGAGACAGCGGAUUCAGCUACCAGUAUGCUCCGGUCUUCCGAAGAUACCGUGAGCGGGAUCCCUACAAGCUUCUUGGUGUUGACCGUGAUGCAUCUGAAGAAGAGAUCAGAAGUGCAAAAGACUUCCUAGUUCAACAGUAUGCUGGUCACGAAGCAAGUGAAGAAGCUAUUGAAGGUGCUUAUGAAAAGAUAAUAAUGAAGAGCUACCAGCAUAGGAAGAAAACGAAAAUUAAUCUGAAAACCAAGCUUUUAAAGCGAGUCGAGGAAUCCCCGUCAUGGGUAAAGGCAUUUCUUGGAUUCUUUGAGGUGCCAUCAAUGGAUAUUAUUUCCAAAAGAUUAUUCUUUUUUGCUUUCAUCGCUGGGUGGAGCAUAGCAACUUCUGCUGAGAAUGGACCUGCAUUCCAGCUUGCAAUAUCACUCUUCUCGUGCAUAUACUUCCUUAAUGACAAGAUGAAGAACCUUCUGAGAGCAUCAACUACUGGGUUUGGAGUACUUGUUGGUGGCUGGAUUGUUGGUUCUAUGUUGGUCCCUCUUAUCCCAACAUUUAUCAUCCCACCUACAUGGUCGCUUGAGCUUCUUACCUCCUUGGUUGCAUAUGUUUUCUUGUUUCUGGGGAGCACUUACCUCAAAUGA